CUUUGGUAAGGGCAACUGACUGUGUAUCGCCAACUCGACACCUCCUCAAGAAAAUGCCUACACGGUUCUCCAACACUCGCAAGCACCGUGGCCACGUAUCUGCAGGUCAUGGACGUGUAGGCAAGCACCGCAAACAUCCCGGAGGUCGCGGUCUCGCUGGUGGCCAGCACCACCACCGAACCAACUUUGAUAAGUACCAUCCUGGUUACUUCGGUAAGGUUGGUAUGCGCCGCUUCCACCUUACGCGCAAUCUUCAAUGGCGCCCGAUUGUCAACGUGGACAAGCUCUGGACGCUUGUGCCUGCAGAGGAGAAGGAGGGCUUGACGGAGAACUCGGAGGUCGUGCCUGUCAUUGACACGCUCCGUCAUGGGUACGGCAAGGUGUUGGGUAACGGACAAUUGCCCAAGCUCCCUUUUAUUGUGAAGGCACGAUUCGUGUCAAAGAAGGCCGAGCGCAAGAUUAAGGAGGCGGGUGGUGUUGUCAAGCUCAUCGCAUAAUUCGCUUUCCAUCUGCUUUCGCUCGUAUUUACUUUCAUACCUGUACAGCCACUUAUCGCAUGCAUAUGACUUACCACUGCGAAGCUCUUCCAUGCUGUAUCAAUGCACAGGCGCUUGGCCGCCUAUCUCUUCGGCAACCUCGCUGCGUCGUCAACUGGAUAUUUUGCGUGGUUCGUCGGUGAGUUACCUUUCAGAAACCUGAUUUCUUUACGAGGCCGUCUUGUCGACUCAACAUCUUCGUUGAUCGUGCCGUUUGCUAGUUCAGCUAAAUAUACGAACCUUCUGCAUUCCUGGUA